GUGGUCAGAGCUGCUAUCAUUGGAUUACUACUCGAACCUCAUCGGCCAGUUCUCGUUGUCAAACGUCUGGGUGCAGAUCGAGCAUCCCCUGAAUGAGCAGUUCCAGGAGCGAUGUAGAGACGAGGAGUUUCGGAAGUCUUACGGCGGGCUAAUACGAGCCUGCCAGGAAGCAGUACAGAAAGUCCGUGCUGCCAAUGAUGAGCCAGAUGUGGAGAACCCUGAGGAGACUGCCCCGAGCCGCAAGGACGUCGAGGAAGCCUUCGCGCUGCCUAGGUUUGAGGGGAGCGCCCUGUAUCCUUGUGUCGCGCUGUCGAACCAUUCCUGUCAGCCGAACUUCACCAUGCGGUAUGCUGAUGGCUGCUUCGCUGACAUGGUCGCUCUGCGCAAGAUCUGCGCAGGUGAUGAGCUCAACCUUGCCUACGUCUCGCCAUCAACUCCGCUGCCUGAGCGUAUCGCCACACUGUGGCGGAACUGGGGCUUUGUGUGCACCUGCCGCCGCUGCCAGGAUGAGGUGAUGGUCCGUGCCGUGCAAGGUGAGAGCCACCAGGACAUUGCGCCGGACCAGCGCGAACAGCACAAAGAUGCCAAGGAGCCAAAGCCUUUCCAGCCUGGUUUUGACGGCUAUCCCUCAGACCUGCCAGCAGGCAUCCAACUCUCACCUGCUGGCAUCGCAGCAGCCUUGGCCGUCCGUAAGGCCGCUGCUGAUGCGACGUGUACCCCAUCGGAAGAGGAAGAUGUCAGCAGUGAAGAAGAGGAGGGCAGCGAGAGUGAGGAGGAGUCUGACGAUUCGGCAACCAGCGAGGAAGAUGGGGGUGUGAGCAAGGCCCGGAAUGCUCCCUUCAGCGGCCCCUUUGGGGCCACCCACGUUCCUGGGAGUGUGAAGAUGCUGGAAGCGGCCAUGCGCGACUUAGUGGCCGAUAUGGCCGAGGAAGAGGCAGGCUGA